AUGAGCGAUCGACGAUCGAUCGAAUGGCACGACCGCGCGACGACGGCGUCGAACCCGAUCGUCUUCUUCGACGUCACCAUCGGCGGCGCGCCCGCGGGACGGGUGACGUUCGAACUCUUCGCCGACGUCGCGCCGAGGACGGCUGAGAAUUUUAGACAAUUGUGCGUUGGGGAAUUUCGGACGCGCGAGGGGGCGCCGCGCGGGUACAAGGGGUCGACGUUUCAUCGCGUGAUUAAAGAUUUCAUGAUUCAGGGCGGUGAUUUCGUGAAUAACGACGGCACGGGGUGCGUGUCGAUCUAUGGGUCGAAGUUUGACGACGAGGCGUUCGUGGGGAGGCACACGGGGGCGGGACUGCUGAGCAGCGCGAAUAGCGGGCCGAAUACGAACGGGUGUCAGUUCUUCGUGACGUGUGCGAAGACGGAGUGGUUGGACGAUAAGCACGUGGUGUUCGGACGGGUUUUGGGGGAUGGGAUGUUGGUGAUCAGGAAGAUUGAGAACGUGGCGACGACGGGGGGGAAUAAGCCGAAGCUUCCGUGCGUCAUCGCGGAGUGCGGAGAGAUGUAG